UACAGAGAUUGGAUUGUCACGGGUUUGUCUUGAAACACCCUUAAUUAUUUCACAAUUUCAGACACAUAUAAAAAUUUGCACCCCUCUCCUCUCCUCUCAUCAAUUAUCAAUCAAUGGCUUUGAUGAUGGACGGCUGCGACGGCAUACUCAUGUCUUUAGAGUCGCAGAAAUCCGUUCCGGCGCCGUUCCUGACGAAGACGUACCAGCUGGUGGACGACCCCUCCACCGACCACAUCGUCUCGUGGGGCGACGACGACUCCACCUUCGUCGUGUGGCGCCCCCCAGAGUUCGCCCGCGACCUCCUCCCCAACUACUUCAAGCACAACAACUUCUCCAGCUUCGUCCGCCAGCUCAACACCUACGGUUUCAGAAAGAUCGUCCCAGACCGGUGGGAGUUCGCCAACGACUUCUUCAAGAAGGGCGAGAAGCACCUCCUCUGCGAGAUCCACCGCCGCAAAACGUCUCAGCCGCACCAACACCCGAUCUCCCCCUCCGCCCCGGGAUUCUUCCCCUUCCCCAGCCGCGUCAGCAUAUCCCCGCCCGAUUCCGACGAAUCUCCUCUGCCGCAAACCACCGGAUUUCAAAACUCAUUCGCCGCGCUGUCGGAGGACAACGAGCGGCUGAGACGGAGCAACACCAUGCUGAUUUCGGAGCUCGCUCACAUGAGGAAGCUCUACAACGACAUUAUCUACUUCGUGCAGAAUCACGUCAAGCCCGUGGCGCCCGGCAAUUCCUUUCAUCAUUCUUCGAUGUUAAUUGGAAACCCUAGAAAAAUCCCUAAUUCCUCUUCUCCCAGCAAGAGCAGCCUCACGGUAGCGCUCGACACCGAGCCACCACCACCGCCUCAGUAUCGAACGAAGCUCUUCGGCGUAGCGCUCUCUUCCAAGAAGAGAUUGCACCCUGAGUACACCUCCACGACAGCCACCACCAACAAGACAAGGUUGGUUCUCGAAAAGGAAGAUUUAGGAUUCAAUCUGAUGCCUCCUUCUCCAUGAAAAGGUGUUUCUGACUUUUUGUUAGUUCGUGAAUGAGUGAGUGCUUGUAAAUACGACUGUAACCGCUUCAGUUAUUCAUCUUCUUCCCGUAGCACUGAUGCGGUUUUGGUUAGAGUUGAGAGAUUAUUUAAUUACGACGAUCGAUCAUCAUACUUUUUUUUUUAAUUUGAAAUUUGAAAAAUUAGGGUGAUGAUUGGAUCUCAACUCUUGUAUCUCUCUUUCUGUUUGUCUGGGUCAGAUUAAUUAAUGCUACCUGAAACUGAAACUUAUCUUUUUUCA